AUGGGGACUUCCUGCGAGGAGGCGUGGUGUCCUGCGGGGUUUCAAUGCGUUAUGGCCCAGAACCUGUGCGAUGCUCUGCCAGGAGAAUGUCCUGAAUUUCCUCAUUGUGUCCCCGAAGAUUACGAGACGUGCGAUGACAUCGAGUGCGAGGAGGGACAUCAUUGCAUCAUGCAGGAGAUCGGAUGCGAGGACUGUUAUCCCGUCGCCGAGUGCGUGCCAGACAUCCAUCACGAGAGCUCGAGGAAUGACCUGCUCCGGCCUCAACCCAAAAUGAACCUCCUCCAGCUGAUGGCCGGAGGGUGUCCGCUUCAGCCGGUGAGCGCUGGGAUGCUCCGGGCCAAGAAAACGUCUUUUGAGGGACUCGCUAAGGGUCCCAGGGCGAAAUUCCUUGAAAGAUCCGCACGGUUUAUCCUGUAA